AUCGGUAAGUUCAGUGAUGGACUGACAGCUGAAAGAGAAGUGGAGUACUUCGUGUUGUGUUAUUGGCAGUUUUUAUUCUUUAAUGCAAUGGAAUAUGGUUAACUUUAUUUUAAAAUAUACACUUAAACAAUAAUAUUGUCGUAUGUGAAACAUUUAGAAUGAAACGCAAGAUAUAGAUUAAAUUGACCACGGGUGGCCGCUGGACUUAAAAUAAUAAAAUAAACAACAACAACAACAAAAUUCUGCUAACAUGGACAUGCAUAUAUUUUCAGUAACACCAUUCCUUUUGUGGUUUUUUAUUUUAAAAACAUAUGCGCUUGAGGGCAAGUCACACUUUACAGAUGAAUGGGCAGUUAAUAUCGAAGGGGGAAUAGAUAAAGCAAAAGAUGUUGCAAGGAGCUAUGGUUUCAUAUAUGUUGAUAAGAUUUUCGAAGACUAUUACUUAUUUAGACACUCAAGAGUUUCCAAAAGGUCCAUAUAUCGCAGUAAAUUCUACCAUAACACUUUAGCAAAGGAUCAAAAGGUGAAGUGGCUUGAACAACAAGUUGCCAAGAAACGUGUGAAAAGAUUCAUACCUUACCAAGACUUUAACGAUCAGAAAUGGCCAAGUCAGUGGUAUUUGAACCGUGGUCAAGGCCUGGACAUGAACGUACAGAAGGCAUGGGCAAUGGGUGUGACAGGGAAAGGUGUGGCAGUAACCAUACUUGAUGAUGGUAUAGAGACAGAACAUCCAGACUUAAAGAGAAACUAUGAUGAAAAAGCUAGUUAUGAUGUGAAUGGUCAUGAUCCAGAUCCCACCCCAAGAUAUGACUAUACCAAUGAAAACAGACAUGGUACCAGGUGUGCGGGAGAAGUGGCUGCUCAGUCAAACAACAGCGAGUGCAGUGUUGGUGCUGCUUAUGAUGCCAAAAUAGGAGGUGUAAGAAUGUUGGAUGGUGAUGUUACAGAUUCUGUGGAAGCUCAUUCUCUAAGCUUGAACCCUCAACAUGUCCAGAUCUACAGUGCUAGCUGGGGACCAGAUGAUGACGGCAGGACCGUUGAUGGACCAGCGACUCUGGCGCGCAAAGCUUUCUAUGAUGGCAUUACAAGGGGUCGUGGAGGUUUAGGAUCGAUAUUUGUGUGGGCGUCGGGUAACGGUGGACGUGACCACGACAGCUGUAACUGUGACGGGUAUACUAACAGUAUCUUCACACUGUCUAUCAGUAGUGCAACAGAAAAUGGCAAGAUCCCCUGGUACUCAGAGGCAUGUUCCUCCACUCUAGCAACAACAUACAGCAGUGGCUCAGCUGGCGAAAGACAAAUAGUAACAACUGAUAUAAGGGGAGAUUGUACCGAGACCCAUACCGGAACAUCUGCUAGCGCCCCUCUCGCAGCAGGAAUGUGUGCCCUAGCACUCCAGGCAAAUCCUAUGUUGACAUGGCGGGACCUUCAACAUAUUGUUGUUAUGACAGCAAAACCUGACUACCUCCACGACAAUUCCUGGAUCACUAAUGGUGUAGGGAGAAAAGUAAGUCAUUCCUUUGGUUACGGCUUGAUGGAUGCUGCAGCCAUGGUACAGUUGGCAAAGAACUGGACAACAGUACCACCUCAAUACGUCUGUGAAAUAAGGUCACCUGACCAAAACAAGGUUGUUCCGAUGAAUGGGAAGAUAUCAGUUCCACUAUAUACAGACGGCUGUGAGGGCACCUCUAAUCACGUAAAAUACCUCGAACACGUGCAGGCUCGUAUCACGCUAAAGGCGAGCAGACGUGGUGAUGUACAGAUAUAUUUGACAUCGCCAAGGGGGACAAAAUCGACGUUGUUGGCCAAAAGAAUCCACGACAACUCAAGAGAAGGAUUCAAUAAUUGGGCAUUCAUGACCACACAUAACUGGGGUGAAUUAGCCAAAGGUCAAUGGGUGCUUGUCAUUGAAAAUGCAGCUCGUUCUUCAGACACGCCAUAUUUCUCCACUGAUGCAGGUCAAAGUAUUGGACAACUUCGCCUGAAAGACUGGGUGCUCGUUUUGUAUGGCACUGAUCGUAACCCCCAGCAACCAAUCACAAGCACGACGACGACAACUACCACUGUCCCGACAACCACCACCGUGAAAAGAAUACGUAAACAUGAACAUGACUCUCCAUAUUAUGCCACUGUGAUAAAACAACAAAAUACAGUCCAAUAUAAUAAGUACCCUCCAAUUACACAUCAACAAAUUACACAAGAACAAAAUACACGGCAUCAAAGCACAAAUCGAAAUCCUAGUCGUACUCGGAAUAAUAAAAAGCAGCAAAGGAAAAAUAAAAAGCCAAAAAAGCCAAAGCCCAAAGAAACAAGUAGACUUCAUUACCACUAUCACCCUCAAAUGAGAGACGGAUUCCAUGCAAAAAAUGAGCAACAUAUGUGUAUAUUUGAGACACUGGCCAAACAGAACAAUAUGUCCACAAAACAGUACUACCAGAUGAUGAAAAAAGACCUCAGCUCAGCUGAGUUGAAGGAAUGGCAUCUAGUUGUCAUGGGAACAAAAGACCAUCCCCAGGCACGUAAUGUGAGUGCGCCUGUCAACUCGGAUCAACCAUUCACAUGUAGUGGUAUAACAUCACAUGGAGUCUGUAUAGAGUGUCGGCCAGGAUUUUAUAAAUUAAAGGACGGUUGUGUAGCCAAUUGUCCGGAACAUUAUUACGGAAUCAUGCAGAUGGUUCAGUUACGAUCAACCACGAAUACCUCUUCCACGAGGCCAAAAUUUCAAAGACAGGGUAUUUGUACUGAAUGCCACGAGGCAUGCAGAACGUGCAAGGGACCUCAAGUUGCCGACUGUUUUCAGUGUAAAGACGGGUAUGAAAAACGUGAUGGCUUAUGUCAGAAAAAACUACUGCUGAAUUUCCUUGAUCCAGAUAUGUUAGGAUUUUUUAUCUGGGUGAUCGUUUUAUGUAUCGCUGCCAUUAUUCUGUUUGGUGUUAUAUUUGGCCUGCUACAGGCCCGCGAAAGACAGCUGCUCUGCUGGAAAGGCAAGAGAAAAGUUAAAAAUAGAAAAUGUGAAUAUAAAGGCAUGAACCUCACACAAGAGGAGUUGGAAAAUGACCUAGAAAACUUUGAUAUUAUUUGUAAUCGUAAUUUUCGUCAUGGCAGUAUACCAGAGAGCCAUGACCCUUCAUGUCGUGUUUAUGUUAAUAAUUUAGAAAAUGUUGUAAAAUUUAGUCUCGAUAAUCAAAGCACCAAUAAUCUUAGUCAAACAAAAGUAGAUAGAUCUGCCAGCAGAAACAGUAAUGGAAGAUAUUCAAGCAGAAAUAGUCAGCUGGAUGAUAGAAAAGAUGUAAACCAAGAUCGGUAUCAUUGUGAUAGAAAAAGCCGCGGGAGUUCGGAUAAAAAUAUUAGACGUAAUUACACAGACAGUUACGUUAGUUAUGAUAUAAAUAGCACAUUAACUAAAACUUUAGCUACAGAACCAGAACGAAUGGAAAUUCCAUUAAGAGGUCAAGGUCAAAGUCAUUAUAUUUUCCAUGGAAGUCGUAGUUCAGGAGCCCUGCUACAUUAGCAGUUAACAAGAUACUUGAAGGAACAGAAAGAAUCCAGCAUUAGUUACAGCAAAGUUUUGUAACGUUUACAGUCCCUUAUGAUAAUAUGGCCUAUAUUAAAUGUUAAUCUUUACAUUGGUUUAGAUUGCACAUACUAAUGGAAUGACAUUGUUAAUGCUUUUAUAUGUUUAGUGGGAUUCAAAAUGAUCUUUUUGAAAUGUUUUAGAUGCAUUAUUUUGAGAUCUAAUGUAUGGAAAAACAGGUGAAAUAGUGCAGUACGAUUUCUGACUAAUGUUGCACAUAAAGAAACCAUUUGUUUUGUUAAAGACACCCCUUUCGUCAUGUUACCAUCUUAUUAAUAGGUGCGUAACAUUUUGUGGGAAAAGUUAUUUUGAAUCCCACUAUAAGAUAUUGCAAUAUAGAGCUGUAAAUGUUGUUUAUUUGUUAUAUAAUAUAUACAAAUCUAUAUAGCCAAAUAAGUGGUGUAAUCGUUAUAUAUAUCUUUAUGAAAAAAAAAGAUACUAAGUUUUGAGAUGGUUUAAAAUCAUAGUUGCCAAAUCAAUAUUUAUGCUCCAAUGUUAGAUUGAUAUUUUCAUUGAUUAUUAAUUUCUUUCAUGUCACGUUUGGAUGAGAAUGGAAACAGUAGGGAGAAGUUAUCAGUAUUAUACAUAACAUAUUUACUGAAAGUUUUGGACAGUCUGUUUUCGAACACAGAUCUGAAGAUUUCGGAUAAAUCGUGUUUUUGAACAUAGAUCUGAAGAUUUUGGAUGAAUCCUGUUUUUAGAACACAGAUCUGAUGAUUUCCGAUGAAUCGUGUUUCACAUAGAUCAUAGAUCACACUGGCUUCCUGUUUAUUCUGUAUAAGAUUUAAGACCUGAAAUCCGCGGGUAAAGUGCAGACGCAUAACGGUUACGCAGGGUAACGUGCAAUAUAUAACGUCUAUUUGGGUACUCAAAGAUGCAAUAUUAUUUCAUUCUUCAUCGUACUAACAAGAAGUAUAUGAGCCGUGCCAUGAGAAAACCAACAAACCAUGCUGGUUUGUGACCAGCUUGGAUCCAGACCAGCCUGCGCAUCCACGUAGUCUAGUCAGGAUCCAUGCUGUUCACUUUUAAAGCCUAUUGGAAUUGGAGAAACUGUUAACGAACAGCAUGGAUCCUGACCAGACUGCGCGGAUGCGCAGGCUGGUUUGGAUCCAUGCUGGUCGCAAACCCACUAUGUUGAUUUUCUAAUGGCGCGGCUCAAUUAUUAACCAGAGCUGAGCUUUACUAAACACCCUUGUAAUCCACAUUUUGUACCUCAGGCAGAUAGUUUUCACAGUUAAUCAGCAAGUCAUUCAAUAAGUGAACACUAUAGAAUUAUUGCCUUUUAGAGUGGUCAGUGUGCAGAUUUAUUGACUUGUAAAAAGUUUAUCUUGACCGAGGCCAAUAACAAUGUUAUGACAUCUCUGCGAUUAAAUAUUUCAACUCCGCCCUUCAGUCGGUACGACCAUGUGUCACUGAUCUUGUGUCGGGGUUUAGGCGAAUGUAAAUGGCUAUAAAUAUACAUUUUAUAAUGAUAUCAUUUAUUCUUACAUGAUAAAAAUAUUAGUUAAAUAUAUCUAAAUUAUGAUACAGCUAGUCAUUCUGAUAUUAUGUUGUUCAUGGGUUCAGAUAAUUUAAGUUUUGACUGAGGUUCUGUGUGUAAAGUUCUCAUUUCAUCAGACAAAGCAGUAUGUGCAUUGUACUGAAAUAUAUUUCAUUUUGAUUGUUAGAGUCAAUAUUAGGCAUGUGUAGCUUGAUCUAUACCCGAUGCUAGGCUCACAUAGCUUUUGAUACUCAAUAUUUUAGCAGUAGGUACAAUAUAGCCAGUAAUGUUCUGUCUAGGUAAAUGAUAGUCAUGCAAACAGAACUAUAUAGACAGUAAAUAGAAACUAAAAUUCAAGAUGUCAAAAGGGUUUAAGGUGUUUCCAGUAUGAAAUUUGUAUUUGUCAUAUGAUUUCAAGUUAUAGAAAGGAAUAAUAGAAUCUCAUUAACAUUUUUUGUUGUUGUCAAAGUUUCAUAAAUUAAGUGUAUCUUCCAGUUGGUAACAAUACAUCAGUUUUAAAAACUUAACAUAUAAUCUGAAAAUCUUUGUAGUUAAAAUACAAUGACAAAAGUCCCGUUCAUAGGUUAAUAUGUAAUGACACCGACCUCAGUUAUAUUUCUAUAUAUAUUUAUGAUACGACAAUUAAAUACUUAAUGCAAUGAAAUAACAAUGCAGUAUUUUGUCAUAUUUGAAUUACAGAAUCAGUGCCUAUGCUCUAUGCAAUACCUGCAGAUCUAUACUUAGAUGCAGAAUCUUACUAUAACAUGCAUUUGAGCCAUGCCAUGAGAAAACCAACAUAGUGGCUUUGUGACCAGCAUGGAUCCAGACCAGCCUGCGCAUCCGUGCAGUCUGGUCAGGAUCCAUGCUGUUCGCUAAAGGUUUCCCUAAUUGCAGUAGGCUAUAAAAGCGAACAGCAUGGAUCCUGAUCAGACUGCGCGGAUGCGCAGGCUGGUCUGGAUCCAUUCUGGUCGCAAACCCACUAUGUUGGUUUUCCCAUGGCGCGGCUCAUAUAUUUAUCCUUUAUCUAGGCAAUAUGAUAGCUUAGUAACCAGUACUUAAAUUUGGUACUUGUUGUUUUGCUGAUACCAAUGUUCAUAAACAUGUAGUGUAAUACCUCUGCAUUCAGUAUUUUUGUCAAUGUUUGAGAUAUGUCGUCAUAUAUAGGUAGAAUGAUAAAAAUACCUGUGUCUCUCUUUAACCUGUGUAUCUUGUGGUAAUAGGCGUCUGCUUAAAAAUAUAAAUGUUGUAUCUAGAUGAUAUAGUAGUAUUUCGUAUUAUCUACUGUGCAUUAUUUUUCAAAAAUAUAUCGAGUGAAAUUUAUAUUUGUUGAAACUAUAGGGACCAGUGCGGACAUUUCUGUUGUAUGGUAGAGCACACAGGUAUUUUUCAUUCUUGCCUUGCAUUGUUAUAUCAUUUAUUUUUAAGAUACAUUGUUUCAUUGUUAGAUUUUUCGAGAUUGGCCAAAAAUUAAAUCCCACCAAAAUCCUGCCAAAAUUGUUCAGUAUUCAUUGGAUAUUAGGUAGACUGUAGAAAUCUGGGCACAUUCUGCAGCUGAGAGUUUUGGCAAUGUUGUGAGGGCAAUAUUUCUGUUUAGAAGAACAAGUGCAUGUUUCUCAAAGCAAAGUUAAUUAUCUUUAUUAUCUAAAUACAGUCAAACUUCAAUCGUCCGAACUCGGAUAAUUCGAUCACCAACCUUCGCUCGAACUCAUUGUCUGGUUCCGGACAGAAAAAUCCCUACAUAUAUACUUUGUUUGAUGGCUCGAACAAUUGAUAAUUCUUAACAACCAACCAAGUUUGACAAAGUUUGACUGUAUAUUCUUAUGAGUGAUAUACAUUUGUUCUUUAACUUAUCAACUUUUUGAUGUGACAACAUACACCAAAGUUCCACAUUUUAUGCUGAUAAGACAUGGGCAACAAUUAGUUAUACAACAUGUACCACAUUAGAUGCGAUAUAGAUUGGAUAGUCAGUCCAGUAGUAAACAAUGGGGUAGGGUAUCAUGCACAUGGGAGAGGGGGGGGGGGGGGGUGGGGAUUGGGGCGGGUACUGCUGUAACUUGCCUUCAUUGUCCAACAUACAAUAUAUAGCCAGUUCUCACCAUGCAGUUAGUAGCAACAAGUAAGUUGUUUUGGUAGUAUAGGAUAGGGAAGGUGUAAAUUGACUGGGUAAAAGAAAUAACUGUCACAUGUUUGCUUUUCUGAGAAAUUGAAUUGGAUGUGAACGGUUACAGAUACGUGCAGUUUGACAGAAGGUAAUAGAGAUGACGUUGGAGGGACAUGGGGGGACUGGGGUGUGUCAGUAAACUGACUUGGAGGGGGGUGGGUGAGGUAGUGUUGGUUGGAUAGUUAUAUGGAAGCUAUAUGGUACAGAUUAAGAAAAAUCUACACUGCAACUGCCUCAUACAUUAAUAUAUAUAUAUAUGUGCAUGUUCUGUGAAUAUGAUUUGAAAUCUGUUGUUAUAAAAUGGCCAGAUAUUUAUGCGCUCAAGAGUAAAUAUAUUGUAUAUGACAUUUUUUGUAUAUAUUUAUGAGUAAGUUUUUGUACAUUUUUGUACAUGUUUAGUUGUAAUAUAGUUGUAUACUUGAACCAUUUUGUGUUCAGCUGGAAACAUAAUGAUAAUUAUGUGUAGUUUAAUGUAAGAAUUCUGUGUCACAGACCAAUUAUUUGCCUGUGUAUUGUAUACAAUCAUACAUUUAUAUAGUUCACCGUAGUUACAUGCUGAAGUGUCAGGGUUUAAAGUGCAAGAUUCGAAUGAGAUGCCAUAUGUAGAUUAGUCACUAUAUAUGAACAUGGAAAUUGUUUUCUGUGAAACCUUUUCGUGCAAUAUCUUUCCUUUAACCUUUACCCGGCCAAUCUGGUCCAUCAUUCAAUUUGGGCAAUACCAUUUAUUAUUUGAAGGGGUGUUUGCUGAAAAUUUACCGACUGAAUAGGGAACAGUGCAGACCAUGAUCCGUGCAGGCUGAUCUUAGUCUGCACUGGUCGCAAAAGCAAAAUAAUUUGUCAGCAGCAGCAGGCUAAAGGUUAAUGUACUUCUACACAAAGACAUUUCAGGAUGUUUUCUUUCAAUAUGGGCGUACGAAGUUUAUCUGUUUUCAAUUUCUCCAGAUAGCAAAUAUGGUCCCAGUUUAGAGUUAUAAUAUUCUGUUGUUCAUCUGUCGAUUUAUAUAUCUUCUGUAGCUUUACUGAAAAUAAAAUGUCUCUCUUGCCAUCUUUUUCAAAGGUUAAAUGUGCUAAGUUGUAAGAAAUUAAUUUAGUUUGUUCAUUUUAAUUGUAAUAUAUUGAAAAGAUUGAAACUUUUUUUUGUGUUAAAGUUAGACAUAUAGGAUAAGGUCAAGUUCACUUCGGCAGUGUAAGAUACUAGCUUGAUAGCAGUUAAAUUGAAACUGUCCUAAAAUUGAUACUGAAUGAUAUUUUUUUUUCACUUGAUGUUGGAUGUCCGUCAUCCAAAAUUGGCUUCAGACAACUUCUCAGUAACCACUUGAUGCACUUUCACCAAACUUGGCCAGAAGCAUUCUGUGCGGAUACUAUACCCCCCAAAAUUAUGAAAAUUAGAAAUCUAGACCAAGUUCAGCUAGUAUUGCCUUUCUUAAGUUAUCAGUGUUUAACAAAGAGGUAACGUGAAAGAUUCACCUUGAAAUGAUGUUAUUGACAGAUUGAGGGGGUGGGGGAGGGGUAUACAAGAUAAGUGUCAUCAAAUACAUUUCAUUAGUUUGAAUAACAGUCAGUUUAUAUGUAAUAUUUUCUUUUCAGUUUAAACUUUUUAGUUAAAAAAAAAAAUUAUUUAGUUAUUAAAGUUUAUUUUUGCCAUCAGAAAAUAACUAUACUGUAAGCAUAAACUUACACCAAGGGCAAAUUAGUCUUAUAGGCCUAAAUCACAUUCAGGAGUUUCAAGUAGCCUGUUACUGAGUUACUUUAUGCAUUUUGCUACAGUAUGAUGAUGUAUUUUCAUGUAGAUUCCAUUGCAAAAACAUGUUGGAAGUGCUGAUAAUUUAGUCCUAAAAAUGAAAACAGAGCAGACUGACACAAUUCCAAAUCAAAACAAAUGAAAACAUACUGGCAAGCACUCGCUGAUGUCAACUUUCAUUUUCAUUCAUAUACUUUUGUUGGACAACAGCUAUUAUUGUUUAGUUCACACAAGUCUGACCGUGGCUUUCAGAGGCAGUACUCACUUAAACACACACACAAUCAUGUGCACACAUACAGAGUAAAUAAUUGCAAAAAUAGCUCACGACACCUAUGUGGUGUGUCACAGUUAUUUUGUGAAAUAGUUGGAUGUUAGCUGUAUUUGACAGGUGCGGCCAAAAUUACCAAAUGAAGUUGCACAUAACUUAAACCAUUUAUAAACAUCAUUGUUUUGAUGUACAUCUAUAGGUAUACUGCUUGACCAGUUACUAGAGCCGUCUCCAAUCUGGUAAUCUUAAGGCAUUUUCAGAUCUUGACCUUUUUGGUAAAAUGAUUUUUUUGCUGUAAAAUUCUCUAUAGGUUAUGACGAGAAUAUAUUUGGAUUUUACUGCCAGUACUGAAUUACUGGUACUUGCCACUUCGAUAAAGUCCAACAGAAGCUUCAUUAUGGAGAUAAUGCAGUAAUAGUGCAUUGAUUAAAAUAGAGUAAUUCACUCUGUCUACUAGAUUUCAAUAUAAUUGUUUGGCUGUGGAACUACUGAUGCUGUUAUUUUGACAUUUAAUUUUGAAAAAAAGAAAGUGUGCAUCUUUGUGUCUGUUGUGUUACAGUUUAUUUGCAAGAUGGCUACCUUCCAUGAAAGGUUCUGGCACAAACAAAGGAUUAAAAAAUGUAAAAUGUAUACUAGAAAAUGCCCAGUCUUGUAAACUGAUGAUUUUGUUGGGUGUUAAAAGGUUUUUGAUGGUACAAUUAUUUUGCAGUUGUUUGACACCAAAACAUUAAGAAGAAUUGUAUGCUUCAGUACAACAAUAAUAUCUAUCAAUUUAUGUAAAGUGCAAGAUGAUUGUGUUAAAAAAUCGGAAGAACAUUUCUGUGAAGGGUUAAUAGUUUGAUCAAGUCUGUGUUUAAAUAUCACAUUGCUUUGAGUGGGACAAUAAAUAUUGUUAACAUGAGAAAAAUAUUGUCGGAGCUUGCAGUAUUUCUCCAAUGUUAACAAUAUUACCAUCUUAGGACAAGCAUUGUGAUAUUUGUUUCUUACACCUGAAAAAAAAAAUUAAUGCACACAUUUCACCAAUUAAAAGAGAAACUAUUUCUGAAAACAAAUCAGCUACUAGUUUCAUUCUUUAAAAGACACAUUUAUUGAUACAGAGCUGCCCUACAUAAAGAAACUUGCAAAUUAUGAAAAACUCGAGAUAUAUUUGGCAAUAUUUUAACGGCAGGGGGAGGGUCUGAAAACAGACCACUAGAAAUCAGGACAGUAUUUUUUUUAUAGAAAUGGUAAAAAUAUUAAACAUUUUGUUAUAUCCAAAAUUUGCUUCAGUGAUAAAUGGGGAAUAAUAAUAAUAGAGAACUACAUAUUUAGAUAAAAUUGUGAUGUCAGAACCAUAUAAAGGAAGCUCCAUUUUUGUAAUUUUUGUAUUUGUUACAUUUUUGUUGCGACUCAGGUUCUUGUUUGUUAUUUAUGAUAUUGUUUGUUUCACAUUUGGGACAAUGUUUUGCAUAAUUUUGAAAUUGUUUUAGUAUUAUUGUAUAAUAAUUCUCUACUGAAUACAUAUUAACUGAUUCA